AUGAAUUUUGUCGAUAAAACUGUUCUUAUCACUGGUGCCGCCUCCGGUAUAGGAAACGCUAUAGCUAAAAAUUUUGCUAAACUUUCUGCAAAUCUGUCUUUAUUAGAUAUAAAUAAAGAUAACCUCUAUAAAGUAGCAGAAGAAUGUGAAAAUUUGAGUAAAAUCACAGUAAUUAAAUUUGUAAUCGAUGUUAGUAACGACACGGAAUUGAAGCAAGCAGUGAAUGAAACUGUUAAAGAAUUAAAUAAAAUCGAUGUUUUAAUAAAUUGUGCAGGCAUUUUAAGUAGCGUCAACAUAACUGAUUCUGAUAUUUUAGAAGUUUACGAUAAAGUGCUAAGAGUAAAUCUGAGAUCUGUCAUCGCUGCUACUCACUUUGCUGCACCCGCAUUGAUUGAAAGUAAGGGAUGUAUUGUAAACAUUUCAAGUGUUAUGUCCAAAUUAGUUUGUGAAAGAGCUAUUCCAUAUAAUGUUUCUAAGGCUGGAAUCACACAUUUGACAAAAUGCGUCGCAUUAGAAUUAGCAAAGUAUGGAGUACGAGUUAACUGUAUAGCUCCAGGGAUAGUGAGGACUAAUAUUUUGGAAAAUAAUGGUUACUCUAAAGAAAGGAGACAGGAAAUUGAGAAGUCUUGUUUAAAUAAGAAUCUUAUUAAACAAAUUAUUAAAGCAGAAGAAAUAGCAGAACUAGCAGCAUAUUUGGCAAGUAACAAAGCUGUUAGUAUCACUGGUACUGAAUUUGUUAUUGAUUGUGGUAUGACGAUAUUUUCCCAACACUGCAACUUGAAU